AUGGCACGCAGAAAGACCGCUCCCUCCACCAACAAUGCUGUGAGGGAGAGGAAUCAAUCACCUCCCCCAGAGAGCUCACGUCGCAGAGCCACUGACCCUGUCUCUCAGGAGAGGGAGGUUCUAGAGAACCAACAGGUUGGGGGAGUCAACCUUAACCCGGAAGCAGCCAUUGAAGGCCCUGUGGAGCUAGUACCUGAUCCCAAUGCACCAGCCACUGUGGGUCAGGUCAACGACCUACAACGUCAGAUCCUCGACGACCAACAGCUCUUCCUCGAAUACCUCAGGCAGAAGACGGUCACCCAUCAUCGUAGGCAGGAGCAGAGGCAGGAGCAAAGCCCUAAGAGAUCACUUCCCAAGGGUGUCACUAGGCAAUCGGGAGAACUCUCCCAACAUCCAAGGGGAAUGGCAGACCUCCCAGCACGGUCGGACCGGGGGAGAACACCAUCACACCGAUCCAUCGUACCUAACCUUGAAGGGUCCAUUCGAAGGUCGGUGUUUGAUGGUCGACUAGAAGGAAGUCAUGUACCAGAGCGAAGCCAGACUUACUGUGAAGGAAGCCCCUUGCGGUCAAGACAAGAUUCAUCACGACGUGAUCCUUCACCAUCUCGCCAACAGUCGAGACAGGAGGGAACUUCCAGGAGAGGACGUGAACGAGCUCGUAGCGAACGACUAGUCAGACGUGAAGGACAAACACAGGAUGAAGAGCUAGACAAGAGACUCCAAGAGUUGGACGAAAAGCUGGAAGGAGGAAUGCUAUCAACUCAAGAUAGAGAUAGAAAACCUUGUGAGAGUAGGGAGUCUGAACAAGUACGUGAAGGGGAGACAUGA